AUGUCGAGUGGAUUGGGAUUGAAGGAUCAAGCUAUAGAUAAGGCGGGUCCAAGAGACACUGAGGCACUAGGGCCAAGGCCAAGCGGCUCAAUAGGCAGGGGCGUCGAAGGCAUGAACAAGGGAGGCUGGGCAGGAGGCGCAAUAGGCAAAGGUGUUGAAGUCGUGGAUGAGGGCGCCAUAGGCCCUAAGGCAAGCGAGGGCACCAAGACAGCAGGUGAGGGCACCAAGAGGGGCACCAGGGGCGUCAUGGCAGGCGCGAGUGCUAAGAUGAGCUGA